AUGGAAAAGAAAGAUGAUGGUGAUGGUGUUGGUGCGGGAAGGAUUGGUGGUAUCGGUGCAGGUGGCGGAAAAGGUAAGGGCAAGAACGUUCCAAAUGAACGCAAAGCUGAAGCAGAAGCUCGCCGGAAAGCCCAACAAGAUUGUCCACAACCACAAGUUAAUGAACAUCCACCACGGGAUUUUGGUGACGGCAGUUACCUUAUCAAAGAUUGGAGUCACUCACACAGAGCUUUACUUAGUAAAAUUGUCAAACAAGUACAAGCUAUCUGUUGGGCUCUAGUUUUAGGAAAAAUACUAGAGUUUACCUACAACAAGAACCGUCCCAUUGCUCAACACAAAUUUCUGGAUAUAGAUAGUUUUGCUGAAAAGGUGAAACAGAAACCAGGUGAGCGUAUGGCUCAAAAAAAGUUGGAUACCGAUGAUAUGGCUGUGGGCUCUUUGAGGAAGGCAAUGGACCAUAUAUGUCUGAAAGGAAUCGAAAAAAUUGAUGGAAGAAAGAAGGGUGGAGCAGGUAAGGCCUAUGCCAUUAAAGGUAGGUUUGUUGGUGUACAAAAUUCAACUGCCGAAGAUAUAGCCAAGAAGGUGAACAUAGGUCUUGUAGGUUUAACAGUUGAUGUAGAUGAGGGUCUUAGGGGACUUAAGAAGGGAAUCUACAGGGUACCUAAGCCACAAGUUGGAGCACACAAACAUGCACUUACAAUUGUUGGGUACGGGAUGACUAAAGAGGAUGAGUUGUUUUUUCUUGUGCAAAACACAUGGGGGACUGGUUGGGGAGAUGGUGGCUACGGCAGGAUGAUAAUUACAGAUACUUGUGAUAUGUUCUACCUAGCUGAAGUGAUUAACGACAAAAAGAAGAAGGAAGAGGCUCUAGCUUAAUUGUUUAGAAAACUUUGAAACUUAAA